CCCCCUCUGCCCCCGAUAAUAUCUUCUAAGAAUCUUCUAAGAACAAAUCCUACAUAAUAUUCCUACGUUUUAUACUUGUCGUAUAUAUUUAAGCAAAGCCCCUGAACCGGUAUAUCCCAAGUUGUAUCGGUGUUAGAAACCCGCUGUCGGCUCCGAAUUCCCACUUAAACUAAGCGGAAUGGCCCUGGAACCGAGAAUCACUAGCCGCAAUAGGAAAUCUCGCAAAGCGAGAACGGCUAGCAACGUCGUAUGAGCCGCUCGAUAUGCCUAAUGUCCCUCUCCGAACUGAGAGCUAUUUAAGCAACGGGGACCCGGUGUAAAUGGAUAGGGAAGUUUUUUUUUUUUGACGUCUUCACGAGCCAAAAGUCAGCUUACCGGGUCCCCAUAUCGCUAUGUCGGAAACCUCAUCUCGCACCAGCCACAGCAACAACGAUAUCGAAGCCGCGGCGGCGGAAAAAAAUGUAGAAGAAGAUGGCUUCGAGGCGAGAUCAAAUUCGCCGGAGAAGGAUAAGAGAGCUCAGGAUAAGGAGGAGUGUAAUAAUAAUCCCGGCCUGUUAGCUGAGCCCCCGAGUGAGCAGCCCGUCGUCGACCAGCGGCCAAACUACUCGGCGUUUACAGAAUGGGAGAAAAGGGGCAUCGUGCUUGGCGCUGCCAUCGGCGCCUUCUUCUCGCCUCUCACGGCGCAGAUUUACCUGCCCGCACUCACCGUCCUGGCUCAGGAAUUCCACGUUACGUCCAGUCAGAUUAACUUGACUGUCACUACUUACAUGAUUUUCCAAGGGAUUACUCCGAUGUUCGUCGGGUCCUUGGCGGAUUCCGCGGGGCGCCGGCCGGCUUACUUUAUAUGCUUCGUCAUAUAUAUCUGUGCUAAUAUCGGAUGCGCCCUAGCGCCUAGUUACCCAGCUCUGCUGGUCCUCCGCAUGCUGCAGUCAGCCGGUUCUAGUACGACCGUGGCGCUCUGUCAAGCAGUUGUCGCCGACAUCAUUACCUCGGCUGAAAGGGGCCACUAUGUCGCGUACACCUCUCUGCCCAUUCUCCUAGCGCCAGCCAUAGGUCCUGUGAUUGGCGGUGUAUUGUCGCAGGAAGUUGGCUGGCGUUUUAUCUUCUGGAUCCUCGCCAUCUUGGCCGCGGUGGUUUUUAUCGUCCACGCAUUUUUCCUGCCUGAGACAUGUCGAGAGAUCGUGGGAGAUGGGUCGAUCCGCCCGCACCCCGCCUACCGAACGUUCUGGCAACUGUGCAAAGAUGCCUUGCGGCGACGCCGUGAACACCGCCGUCAACAGUCCGGUGGCGCUCCGCUGGCUCACACGCCAUCACGCGCAUCGACGAAACGCAGCCUCCACGUGAAGAAAUUCGACGUCUGGAAAUCAAUCACGAUUCUUCUCGAGAAGGAAAUGUUCCUCCUGCUCGGGUACGGUGGUAUUGUUUUCACGGGAUUCUACUGCGUUGCUACCGUCAUGCCCACACAACUGGCUGCUAACUACGGCUUUGAUGAGAUCAAGGUGGGACUUAUGUACCUCCCUAUGGUAGGCGGUAGUAUAGCUGCCGCCCUCGUGAACGGGAAAUUGAUGAACUGGAAUUUCCGGCGACAUUGUAAGCUACAGGGCGUUCCAUUCGAACGUAGCAAGCAGCAAGACCUAUCCGGGUUUCCGAUUGAGCGUGCCAGGCUCGAAAUUGGUAUUCCGAUGCUUGCCCUGUGCAUAGCAUGUAUAAUCGCCUGGGGUUGGGCAUUCGAAUAUCAUGCACACGUGGCCGUGCCAUGUGUCCUGCUAUUCUUGUUGGGUUGGGCUGUAGUUGGAUUCAGCAACACGCUCAACGUACUGCUUGUUGACGUGAACGUGGGCAGUGCAGGAGCUGCUACCGCGAGCAAUAACUUAACUAGAUGCCUAAUUGGCGCUGCAGCGACUGCGGUGAUAGGGCCCAUGAUAAACGGUGUUGGUAUUGGAUGGGCAUUUACGAUAUUGGGCUUUAUAUAUAUAGCUUUCUCGCCGAUGCUAUUUUUUAUCCUUAAGUAUGGGAUCAAAUGGCGAAAGGAGAAACAUGAGCGUGAGCUCGCAAAGAAGCAGAAUGGCGUCAGUGCUGGAAAAUAGAAUAGACAGAUAAAUAGCGCGCUUCCCCGGAUGGGAUAGGUAUAGAUCACGACGAUUUGCAACGUAGUUGACGUUUUAGCUAUAUUUUAGUUUAAGCACUUACAAUAUUAUUUAAUUAAAUUCAGUAAGUAAGAGGUAGGUAGUUAAUUAUACACGAUGACCAAUCAUCUACUUUUACGGAUAACUCAUGCUCUCUCCCCUUAUUCAAACAUUAUACAUUAGGUAGUAAUUUGUUAAUAUAAUCAGAGUGUGUACCUGUGUCUUCUUCGCAAGUGCGGACAUAGGCGAUUGAUAUUUUACAGAUUUCAAGAUAAUACAUUUUCUUAUCUUAC